CCAGCUCUCUGCUCGCUCGUCUCGCAGUCACAGACACUUGAGCACACGCGUACACCCAGACAUCUUCGGGCUGCUAUUGGAUUGACUUUGAAGGUUCUGUGUGGGUCGCCGUGCCUGCAGCUUUGAAUCAGGUGGAGAAGCACUUCAAGGCUGGACGAAGUAAAGAUUAUUGUUAUUUUUUUUUUCUUUCUCUUCCUCUCUUUUAAGAAAGGAAAAUAUUCCAAGGACUAAUCUGGUCGGCUCUUCCUUCAUCAGGAACGAAUGCAGGGAUUUGGGAACUGAGCUGUGCACGUGCUGAAGAAGGAAACUUGUUUGAAGGAAACAGGAAAGAGAAAGAAAAGGAAGGAAAAAAUACAUAAUUUCAGGGACGAGAGAGAGAAGAAACACGGGGACUAUGGGGAGAAAAAAGAUUCAGAUCACGAGGAUUAUGGAUGAGCGUAACAGGCAGGUGACUUUUACAAAGAGGAAAUUUGGAUUGAUGAAGAAGGCUUACGAGCUGAGCGUGCUGUGUGACUGUGAGAUUGCACUGAUCAUCUUCAACAGCACCAACAAGCUGUUCCAGUACGCCAGCACGGACAUGGACAAGGUGCUGCUCAAGUACACGGAGUACAACGAGCCGCACGAGAGCCGGACAAACUCAGACAUUGUGGAGACAUUGAGAAAGAAGGGCCUUAAUGGCUGUGACAGCCCAGAUCCCGAUGCAGACGAUUCAGUAGGUCACAGCCCUGAGUCUGAGGACAAGUACAGGAAAAUUAACGAAGAUAUUGAUCUAAUGAUCAGCAGGCAAAGAUUGUGUGCUGUUCCACCUCCCAACUUUGAGAUGCCAGUUACCAUCCCAGUGUCCAGCCAUAACAGUUUGGUAUACAGCAAUCCUGUCAGCUCACUGGGAAACCCCAAUCUUCUGCCACUGGCCCACCCUUCUCUGCAGAGGAAUAGUAUGUCUCCUGGUGUAACACAUAGACCUCCAAGUGCAGGUAACACAGGUGGUCUGAUGGGUGGAGACCUCACAUCCGGUGCAGGCACCAGUGCAGGGAAUGGAUAUGGCAACCCCCGGAACUCACCAGGCCUGCUGGUCUCACCUGGUAACCUGAACAAGAAUAUACAAGCCAAAUCUCCUCCCCCUAUGAAUCUAGGAAUGAAUAAUCGUAAGCCAGAUCUCCGCGUUCUUAUCCCACCCGGCAGCAAGAGCACGAUGCCGUCAGUGUCUGAGGAUGUGGACCUUCUGUUGAAUCAAAGGAUAAAUAACUCCCAGUCGGCUCAGUCAUUGGCUACCCCAGUGGUUUCCGUAGCAACUCCUACUUUACCAGGACAAGGAAUGGGAGGAUAUCCAUCAGCCAUUUCAACAACAUAUGGUACUGAGUAUUCUCUGAGUAGCGCAGAUCUGUCAUCUCUGUCUGGCUUCAACACUGCCAGUGCGCUCCACCUCGGCUCUGUAACCGGCUGGCAGCAGCAGCACCUACAUAACAUGCCGCCAUCUGCCCUCAGUCAGUUGGGAGCUUGCACUAGCACUCAUUUAUCUCAGAGUUCAAAUCUCUCCCUGCCUUCUACUCAAAGCCUCAACAUCAAGUCAGAACCUGUUUCUCCUCCUAGAGACCGUACCACCACCCCUUCGAGAUACCCACAACACACGCGCCACGAGGCGGGGAGAUCUCCUGUUGACAGCUUGAGCAGCUGUAGCAGUUCCUACGAUGGGAGCGACCGGGAGGAUCACCGGAACGAAUUCCACUCCCCCAUUGGACUCACCAGACCUUCGCCGGACGAAAGGGAAAGUCCCUCAGUCAAGCGCAUGCGACUCUCUGAAGGAUGGGCAACAUGAUCACAUUAUUACUUAAUAGUUUUUUUUUUUCUUGCAGUGUGUGUGUGUGCUAUACCUUAAUGGGGAAGGGGGGUCGAUAUGCAUUAUAUGUGCCGUGUGUGGAAAAAAAAAAAAAAGUCAGGUACUCUGUUUUGUAAAAGUACUUUUAAAUUGCCUCAGUGAUACAGUAUAAAGAUAAACAGAAAUGCUGAGAUAUGCUUAGCACUUGAGUUGUACAACAGAACACUUGUACAAAAUAGAUUUUAAGGCUAACUUCUUUUCACUGUUGUGACCCUUUGCAAAAUGUAUGUUACAAUAGAUAGUGUCAUGUUGCAGGUUCAACGUUAUUUACAUGUAAAUAUAGACAAAAGGAAACAUUUGCCAAAAGCGGCAGAUCUUUACUGAAAGAGAGAGCAGCUGUUAUGCAACAUAUAGAAAAAUGUAUAGAAGUUUGGACAGACCCAGCAAGGGGUGGCCACUGGUAAAUGUUAGGAACAUGCCCGGUCACCUAAUACCCGAGCACAAACCUGCAGGCCUAUCAUUGGCGAAUGGCACUCAUUCAAAAGGAUCAGAAACCAUUCAAAGAGGACCAUACCUACUUUAAAAGAAAAGACAAGGAAAAAAAAAAGUGUGGCGUUUGAGAGCUAACGUAUUUAAUUAAAUAAAUAAAUCUGGGUCUGCAUCUCUUAUUAAAUAAAAAUAUAAAAAUAUGUACAUUACAUUUUGCUUAUUUUCAUAUAAAAGGUAAGAAAGAGUUUGCAAAGCAUUUGUGGCUUUUUGUAGUUUACUUAAGCCAAAAUGUGUUUUUCCCCCUCAAUAGCUUCGCUAAUAUUUUAAACAGUCCUGUAAAAACCCACAAAGGACUUUUUGUAUAGAAAGCACUACCCUAAGCCAUGAGGAACUCCAUGCUUUGCUAACCAAGAUAACUGUUUUCUCUUUGUAGAAGUUUUGUUUUUGAAAUGUGUAUUUCUAAUUAUAUAAAAUAUUAAGAAUCUUUUAAAAAUCUGUGAAAUUAACAUGCUUGUGUAUAGCUUUCUAAUAUAUAUAAUAUUAUGGUAAUGGCAGAAGUUUUGUUUUCUUAAUAGCGGGAGGGGGGUAUAUUUGUGCAGUUGCACAUUUGAGUAACUAUUUUCUUUCUGAUUUCUUUUACUCUGCAUACAUUUUAUAAGUUCAAGGUCAGCUGUCAAAAGGAUAAGCUGUGGGGUUAGAACAUAUUACAACAUCCUAAAUUGUUUUUUUAAAACAUCAGCAAACUAUUGGGUCAACUGACAUGCAUUGUAUAUACUAAUUGGUUUCUUUCAAACUAUUUUUUGGUUUUUUGUUUUGAUGUUUUUUUUUUUUUUUUUCAUUUUAUCAAAAGCAGGGCCCCUUUCAGAUCUAUUGCACCGUGCAUCUUGGAAUUCUGUAAGUUCCUAUCCUAACUCGCCCAUAUUCUAAAUUUACAUAGUUCAUUUUCAGCCUUGAAUUUGAUGUUUCUUAGAAAUAUGCCCAGAGUAAGAAGCUGUGUUGGAGCAUAAGUCCUGCAAGCUGGGCCCUAGGAACAACUGGUGUGCUUUACUUGAUGGAGAAGUUACAGGGUUCUGGAGGAGAACAAUGUGAAAAACUGGGUGCUGGAGAGGAAGGAAACAGUUAAAGGAUAGUUACUUGGUGUCCACCUUCAUGAUUUUAACUGACCCCUAACAAUCUCAUCAGCAGUACAGGACUGUUGAACAGCCUGGUGUGUCAGGACCCCCAAAUGUCACUUCUGCAUAAAGCAUGUAUGUCACCUAUUUUUUUCUUCAAUAAAGAGAUUUAACAGCCAUUUCAAGAAAUCCCAUUUUUAAGCAACCUUUCUCUAUGUCCCCCUUUUUUAAUUUUCAAGAUAAUUUAACUCUUGUCUAAUAUUCAUGUGUAAGGGAUUGAUUUUUCAGACCCCUUAAAAAGCGAGUGCCAUAAGAGUCAAUAUAUAGUGUUUAAGUGAUGUUUCAGGCGAGGAAUGACUCCCUUCUCUUGGAAUAUGAAGAUCUGUCGAUUCAUCCUGUCGUCAAUACCGACAUACAGAACAAAGAAUGCGAUAACAUCAGUCCUGCUAGGUCACGUGUAGGACGUGCUUAUCCAGGUUUUUUUCCUCUUAGCUGCAUAGUUGCUAUGUGUUUCUCACUGUAAAAAGCUGCCGCUGGGUGGCAGAAGCCAAAAGACCUUAUUAACGAGGCUAUAUUUUUCUUAACUUGAUCUGCAAUCCAGAAUUAGACCACAAUGCACCUUCGGUUGUAUCCGUAUAGGAUGCUAGCCUGCCUUGUUGUAAUGUUUUAUAUAUUAAAAUCAAAAUAAAGACAUCAACCAUUUCAUAUAUAUUCCACUACUAAAAGUAUCCAUGAAACAUGAAGACUAGUAUUUAUGCAGAAGCAAAACAGGAACUCAUCCUUACAAACAUGCUUACUUGCACACCUGUUUGCAUAGUCAUGUGUACAGGCAAACAUGCACAUAGAAUGAAAAUGAAAGUCCGCCAUUAUUUCACUCCAGACUUGAUUCCAUCCUGAGAGUUCAUGUUUAUAACUUAAUGUGUGUCAAAUAUGCAAGCAUAUCACAAAUGUUCCUUGUCGUUUCGAAGUGCAUUUGUUCAUCAAGAUCAAUAGAAUCUUACCAGUGGAUAGGAAAGGGUCAUAUAAAAAUAUGAAGAAAUAGCCAUAUUAAAUUUUUAACCUGCCAUUUGCCUCCGUAAACAAGCGAGUGUAAGUUUCUAAUGCUAAAGAUAGAGUGAGCACAUUUGUCAGCAGAAGCCUUCUCUAUUUAUAGCAGUUCUGACAAUGGUUUUUUUUUUUUUUUU